AUGGCAAACCAGCCUCUCCCAUCUCGGCCAUGGUUCAUCCUGGGUUCCAUGAGGCCGGUAGCCCCACCCCCAGCGCCUGAUGCUCAGCCUCAGCCUCAGGCUCAACCUCCUGCCCCUCGUCCUAUUUUUCGACCCACAUUUGGUCAGGCAUUUAAGCCUUCAACCCAGCCUCAGCAGCCGCCACCACCACCACCGCCUGCUGCUACUGCAGCUCCAGUUUUCCGGGUUGGGAAUAUUUCAUCAGUUCCAUCUUAUCCGAGUGAGAAAACCACACUUCCUUCUGAGAAAAUCAAAACGCCUGCUCCUCCCCCAUCUCCUCUAACUAUGCCUCCUGCCCACGUAAAAUUCACUCCUGAGCCGAUUGAGCAGAAGACCAUGCUCAUCGGAAAGCCCAUCCCGCCACUCAAGCCCUCCAAUGGUGGACUGCAAAAGGACGUGGGCGACACUGCGAAGCCAAGCUUUGUCCCUGACUACGAGAAGCGUGAGAAGACCAAGGACAUGGAGACCGGAGACCACAAAGGUAAUCAUAAGAAAGCACACUCUAAGGACGACAGCAUGAAGAUUAUAACAAUUGUAGGAGACAACAAGGGAGCUAUAAUGGAGCUAAGCCUCGCCAGCAAGAAACACGACCCCGAAGGAGACUCCAACACACUCAUCAAGACCAACCCCAAAACUUCGUGGGGCAGCAAAUUAGGAAGCGACGACAGUAGCAGCGUCAAAGAGGAGUCAGAAAGGAUGGAGAAAAUUCAAAACAAAAUGGGGACCCCCUCAUCACCCAUGAAUGCAUUUAUGAACAGCAAUGUUCAAGCCGUUAACAACUCCAUUCUCUUCAACACCUCUUGCACCAGCCAUGAUCCUGGCGUCCGUGUUUUCUUCUCUCAUGGUGAUGGGCAAAAUAACUAG